AUGCCCAAAAUCAAGGUCCUCAUCAUCGGCUGCGGCGUAGCAGGCCCAGUGCUAGCACACUUCCUCAAGCGCAAGGGCUACGUGCCGAUCGUGUUUGAGAAAGUGUCGAAGCUGGGCGAUGCAGGGGCGUCCCUGAUGCUGAUGCCGAACGGCCUGAAGGUGCUCGGUCUCGUCGGGAUCCUCGACGACAUCCGGCGGGACUCGAUCGACCUAGAGGCGCUGAUCGACACGACGUCCAGUGGCGAGGUGCUCGGCAUGUCGGAUAUCCCGACGACGUUCGAGCAGAAGUACGGCACGCCGGGGUUGGGCGUCAAGCGCACGGAGCUCAACUUGAAGCUGAAGGGGAUGGUGCAAGAUCUUGGUGUGGAUGUCAGGGAAGGGUGGGAGUUAGAGGGCAUCGACGAGACGGAGGAGUCAGUCACAGCGCAUUUCAGGGGGAGGGAGUCGGUCACGGGUUCGUUUUUGAUCGGAUGUGAUGGAAUCAAAGCGGCGUCGAGGAGUGUUCUGUUGGCGAAGAGAGCGCUGCAGGAAGGCCUGCCGGAAUUCACAGGUCUGACGCAGACAGCCGGACUCUCACCCACUCCGCCCGCCCUGCAAUCCCUCCCGGCGCUGCGCAACUGGUACGGCUCAGGAGUGCACGUGAUAUCCUACCCGGUAUCCUCCACCAUUACAUCCUGGGCGGUCACGCUACCAGAGGGGUCUGGCCAAGAGGCAGCGUGGGGACUCUGCUCUGCAGCAGAGAUCGAGGAGCGCAAGCGCACACUCGUUGAACACGUGAACUCGUGGACUGACGAGGUCCCGGCGCAGCUGAUCCGCGGCGCGACCAGGAUCAUCAAGUUCGGCAUCUACGACCGCGAAGAGAUGGCACCCGAGCAGUGGUAUUCACAGCGGUGUGUGCUUGUGGGCGACGCAGCGCAUCCGACAAGUCCGCACUUGGGACAGGGUGCGAAUCAGGCGCUGGAAGACUGCUUCAUCCUGUCACAUGCCCUGCCGUACCUGGACGCGAGCGACUCGGCCGAGUAUGCGAGGGGACUAUCGAAGCUCGGCGCCGCCGCACUCACCGCAACAUUCGAAGAGUACGCACAGAAGCGACAGCCGCGUACGGCCGCGCUGGUCAAAGGCGCGCGCUCACAAGGUCAACAGCGAGUCGUCACGACAGGGCCUGAGGACUGUCGAAACCGAGACGAGCGCGUCAGGGCGGCGUGGGCGGACAGCGAGGCCGUGAGGAUCAAGUAUGAUACGCUGCUGAGCGGGCCGUUUCAGCAUCCUUUGCAGUGA